UUAACUUGGAAGAAAGGAAAUUUGAUGAAAUGACUAGUGGCGAACUUGGAUCUUUAUGCGACGAAACAAUAGAAGGUGGUUUUUAAGAUGCGCAAGAGAUGAAUUAGAGCCACUGUACAUUAUAAUUCGAAUGAUAUGCAUUAUUGCUGUUGGGUCUACCUAUGAUAUCCAAGACUGAUCAUGAGUAAUAGUAGAAGUAUGGAUAGCAAAAGUGACAUCCUGGAUGCCACCAACAUGAGAUUAUUUUAAAUGUGAAGUAAUGUGACAAACCAUAUGCAGUUUGCAGUGGUUUUGAUACUUAUGACUAAUGUAACUAGUUACAAUAUAAUUGAUUUGUAUAUACUAACAUCAAGAAAGGGUUAUAAUGGAUGAAUGUUGAAGUCUGCAGUUGGUCCAUCACUUGCCUUCUUAAUGUAUGCUCUAAACUGAUCGAAUACUGAGUGACAAGUCAAGAUGGACAUUGCAACAGCUCAGUCCAUGGUCCUGGAAACUUUACAAAGAGCAGCUAAUCAGAAUGCAGAAAUUCUCAAACCUGCUGAAUUGAAGUUAAAGGAAUGGGAAACUGAACCUGGUUUCUACUCAAUUCUGCUUAAUAUAUUUUCAAACCAUUCCAUAGACGUGAAUGUACGGUGGCUAGCAGUCUUGUAUUUUAAAAAUGGUGUUGAUCGCUACUGGCGUAAAACAGCACCCAAUGCUCUCUCUGAAGCAGAGAAGACAACUCUGCGACAGGGUUUGGUAUCUAAUUUCCGUGAGCCCAUCAAUCAAAUUGCAACACAGCUGGCUGUUCUUAUAUCAAAAGUUGCCAGGUUUGAUUGUCCACGUGAAUGGCCUGAAUUGGUUCCUACACUCCUUACUGCAGUGAAAAGUGAAGACCCACUUGUUCAGCAUCGAACUUUAUUGAUGCUGCAUCAUGUUAUCAAGACUCUGUCUUCAAAACGAUUAGCUGGAGAUCGCAGGUUGUUCCAGGAACUUACCAGUAAUGUGUUUUCCUUUGUGCUCAACUUGUGGAACAGUCAUGUGGAGAAUUUUCUUAAACAGGUGAAUACAAACAGCAGUGAGAUGGGAGCAACAUUAGAGAAAGCCUUGUUAGCAUUGCGCAUUUUGAGGAAAUUGACUGUACAUGGUUUCAAGAAACCUCAUGAAUCAGCAGAUGCAGUGCACUUUCUCAAUAUGGUUUUUGACCGUGCCAAGACCAUGUUGGAGUGCAGGAAAACACUGCCUAACAGGAGCUCAAAUCUGGUAGAACUGUCUGAGAAGUUUAUUAUUCAUUUGACAAAGGUCUUAAUUGCUAUACUGGAACAUCAUCCUUUCUCUUAUGUUGAUUUGAUACAACCAUCCCUUGAGUUUGCUGUGUUUUAUGUCUUCACACCGUCUGGGGAGUCUGUUCUGUUUGAGCGGUUUAUUAUUCAGUGUUUGAACCUAAUCAAGGGUAUUUUGCUUUGUGCUGAAUACAAGCCAGCAAAGAUUGUUGAAGAAACAAAAGAGCUGGGAACAUUACGUGCUCAUCAGAUAAAGAUGACAUUCUUCACAGCUGAUACAUUGACAGAAAUGUGUCGUAAGCUCGUAACACAUUACUUCUUGCUUACACGUGAUGACUUAGAACUAUGGGAUAGUGAUCCUGAAAGUUUUGCUACAGAUGAAGGGGGAGAGUCUUGGAAGUACAGUCUUCGGCCCUGUACUGAAUCUUUGUUCCUUGCCUUGUUCCACGAGUUUCGUGUCACCUUGUCACCAGUGCUGCUUGAAAUGAUUCAGAAUAACCAUGCUUUAGUUUCACCUUCAGAUCUGAGUGCUAUUUUGAGGAAAGAUGCUGUUUAUAAUGCAGUUGGCCUAGCAGCAUUUGACCUCUAUGAUGAAGUGAAUUUUGACCAGUGGUUCUCCACUACAUUGACACAAGAACUCAAUGUGAAAGGUGAUAAUUAUCGUGUUAUUCGACGGCGUGUAGUAUGGCUUAUUGGACAGUGGACAGGAGUAAAGUUGUCACCAGAACUGCGCCCAGCCUUGUAUGCGGGGACGCUUCCAUUACUGCAGGGAGAUGAGGACAUGGCUGUUCGGCUUACUGCUUCAAACACUCUCAAACUUGCUAUUGAUGACUUUGAAUUCAAUACAGAUCAGUUUCUGCCAUUCCUGGAGCCUUCAUUUGCUCUUCUGUUCACAUUAUUGAAGGAAGCUCAUGAAUGUGAUACAAAGAUGCAUGUUUUGUAUGUGUUGUCAUUUAUUGUGGAACGAGUUGGGUUUGCUAUCAGGCCAUAUUCUGGCUCUCUGAUCCAGUACUUGCCGUUACUGUGGGAAGAAUCUGCAGAACACAAUAUGCUUCGAUGUGCUAUUGUCUCCACAUUAGUGCAUCUAGUAAAGGCACUGGGAACAGUAAGUGAGAAUCUGUCCCCGUUUUUGCUGCCUGUAAUUCAGUUGAGUACAGAUGUGCAUCAGGAUUGCCAUGUGUAUCUGCUGGAAGAUGGAUUAGAACUGUGGCUCGCAGUACUGGAGAACUCUUCGUCCAUGUCUCAUGACCUUCUUCAUUUGUUCCGCAACAUGCCACCUCUGUUAGAAUAUUCAUCUGAAAAUCUACGAACCUGCUUCUAUAUCAUUCAGGCGAAUAUCCUUCUGUCUCCUGAAGAAUUCUUGAAUGUUUAUGGUGAGAUAAUUGUGAGUUCAUGCAGUGACAUGUUAUCUGACAUGCGUUCUGAGGGCAUUGUCAUGACAAUGAGACUAGUGGAAAUGUGUUUGCGUGCAUCACCUAACAUUGCCACAGAUCUGGUUAAACCUAUGCUACCAAGGAUAUUUGAAGCCAUCUACCAAGGAGAAGCUUAUCCAAUGGUCAUGUCUAUGUAUCUGUCUAUCAUGGCAAGAAUACUUCUUUGUUCCAGGGAUGUUUUUAGUCAGGUGAUAGCAAAAGUGGCACAGGGAAUAGGAGAAACGCCAGAAGUUGUACUUAACAAGAUGUUGGAUGUAUGGUUAGAUAAGAUGGCACUGGUGACACAGCUGGAGCGUCGGAAGCUACUAGGUUUAGCACUUGCUUCAUUGCUUACUGCACAGUCAAGUGCUGUGCUUGAGAGGUUCUGUGGUGUUCUUCUUAAUGUAACAGAAACCCUGAAUGACAUCAUUAAGACUGAUGACAUGGGUAUCCAAAUUGAUUCACUCUUGCUGACAGAGCACUCAAGUCCAGGUCAAGAUGAUGAUGUCGACUAUGAAACUGAACAUGAUCAUCGUCGGAAGCAGCUUGCGGUAUCAGACCCAGUACAUACCAUUGCUCUCAGGGACUACUUCCAGGCGCAGAUGUCAGAGUUACAAAACCAAGUGGGAGCAUCACAUUUCGAACAGCUAAUGCAGACGGUUGAUAUUGAGACGAUGGAACAAGUUCGUGAGUACGUUGUGUUGUAAAUACAUGAGGCUAAGACUGAAAUGGUUUUAUAUGUAAAUGGAUUAUUUCUUUGUUUUGAAAUGAGUUUGAGUAUGUGAAUUAUUAAAUUCCUGUGACUCAGUGGAUUAUGUAACAUCUUUCUGCCUCUUUUACAAGUGAACGGAGGAUAACUUGUUGACAUGUGUUACUAUCAUUAUAUGACUUCUAUCUGAGAAGCCAUAUAUUUGCAAUAUUGUAAAGGGGCAAAGGUUAAAUCAUGGUUCUGAGUGUAAGGCAGAACUAAGCAUGCUGCAUUUAAUAUUUACAAUGCAUAAAUUUUGCCCUAGUCAUUCGUUUUUUUCAUAAUCCAAGAAUAUUUUCAUAAUUUGGAUUACAUUGUCACAUGCUGUAAUGUACAUUGCUUAUGUUUGCACAUUUAUUACCAUAUUUUGUAUUUUGUGGUUUUAUUGAUAAAUGGUAAGCAUAAUUUAAGUUCUCUUAUCUAAAGAAAGUUAAAGGAAUGUCAGUACUGAAUAGUGAGGAAUGUACGUAUGCAAGUAAUCUAAAUGAAGUUUACUGUUACAUAACGAGCAUUGUGUAGAUGGUAUUUCAGAGGAUAAAUAUUUUUCAGAAUUUUGAUGAAGCGGUUCUGUUGAAGCAGUCCAUAGUGUAGUGCUUAUCAUAUUCAUGCUAUAAAUAUCAUGCACCAUUCUCUUUACAGUUUAUUAAUUUUGGUGAUGGUGUUAGUUAAUAAUUCCUGCAAACAUAAUUAUAUGUGUAUUUGGAUGAUUUGGUAUAGCUCUUCCAUUAACAAUACUAGCUGUCUUUUUAUGAAUAGUUGUUGAAGGUUUUUUUAAGUUUGCAUUGCACUGCAAAAUUAAAAGAAAUGCAAAAAACAUUGCACUGACCUUGCAAUGCCCAGUAAUUCCAAGACUGAACAAGACAGGUAUAGUUCUUACUCUGAGACCUAUGUUGAUUGUUGACAAUUUUAUAUGUACAUAUGAAUCCGUGAAACAUUUUUUUUGUGUGUGUUCAGGAAAUAUACUUUUCUUUUUAAGUGUUUUAUUGCCAAAUUGAAAAUAGAGAGCAAAAUUUACAAGUGUGCAGGAUUCUUUUACAUGUAUUAUUUAUUCACUUUUUGGUUCAGGGCAUUAUGUGAUUUCAUUGUGUAGAUGGAUGUUUUGUCAUACAACAAAAUUGGCAAGAAAGCUGCUCAUGUGUUCUGUUUCUGAAAGUAUGAAUAUAGAAUUUGAAAUAUUGAGGAACAUUAUAUACCCACCAUUGCUUUUGUCUUGAGUUCAUAGAUGUAUCACAUGAUAAUUAUGUAUGAACAUCUUACCAAAUAUUUUCGUAAUCCGAAAACAGGAAAUAUGCGAUGGUGUAAAAUGAAAUAAAGCAGAUAGAACAGGGGCAUAUGAAGAAUACUUGACUGUAUUAUAAUUUGACAAAUGAUGUAUAUUGGUGGAUAUAAAAAAUUUGUUAUGAUCAGAACAUGAAAUAAAAGGUAAACAUUUGAUGAAUAUGCAAA